UCUCUCGCUCUCAUCAAAGCAUUCAUGUGUCAUAGGCGUUGCGUGUGUGUGUGCGCGUAGAAUGUGUGGCGGCUCGAACGUCAUUUUGUGGUCAUUCUCAUGACUAGUACCGCUUGGAAUGGAUUUGAAUAAGUGAACGAUAGUAUUUAUUUCGCGAAAGUUUAUAGCUUUUAUUAAAUGUCUAAAUUUAUGAAAUAAUAACAAAUAGUUAGUGAUUAUUGUUAAUAUAAUGAUCUUACUGGAGAUCAAUAAUAGGAUAAUAGAGGAAACGUUGACACUUAAAUACAAAAAUGCUUUGGCCGGAAAUAAACAGGAAUCGACAGAUCUUACAAUAGCAGAUUUUGAUGGUGUAUUAUUUCAUAUUGCAAAUUUAAAUGGAGAAAAAUCCAAAAUACGGGUUAGUAUAUCAUUAAAAUUCUAUAAACAACUGCAAGAGCAUGGGGCUGAUGAGCUUUUGAAGAGAGAAUAUGGAGAUCUUUUAGUGGAACCGGAAGAUGGAUACAAUGUCUCAUUGUUAAUAGAUUUAGAUAACGUACCUGGAAACUGGGAAGAGAUAGUACGAAAAGCUGGUCUAUUAAAACGUCAUUGUUUUGCAUCCGUUUUUGAAAAAUAUUUUGAUUUUCAAGAGAAUGGAAAUGAUGGAGAAAAGAGAGCAGUUAUUGAUUAUCGCAGUGAUGAAACUAUGUACGUUGAAGCAAAAAGUGACAGGGUGACUGUUGUAUUUAGCACUGUGUUUAGAGAAGAUGACGAUGUUGUUCUUGGAAAAGUAUUCAUGCAGGAAUUCCGAGAAGGUAGAAGGGCAUCACAUACAGCGCCCCAAGUAUUAUUUUCUCAUAGAGAUCCUCCACGAGAGUUAGCUAACACAGAUGCUAAAGUUGGUGAUAAUAUUGGUUACAUUACUUUUGUGCUUUUCCCAAGACAUACAAAUAAAGCUGCACGGGACAAUACAAUAAAUUUAAUUCAAAUGUUUCGGCACUAUUUGCAUUACCACAUAAAGUGUUCCAAGGCAUACAUACAUUCUCGUAUGAGAGCUAAGACGACUGAAUUUCUGAAAGUUCUUAAUAGAGCUCGACCUGAACCCAAGAAUUUGGAGAAGAAAACAAUCACAGGGCGAACUUUUAUAAGAAAAGAAUGAUCGCUGAUGUAAUAUAGUAAAAGAAGUAUAUACCUAAAAUUAAUUAAAACAGUCGCAACGGAUUAAUGAUUUAAUAUUAGGAUAUUAUUGAAAAGUACUACAUGGCCAAAAAUAUGAAGUUUUAUCUGCUUUCCCAUGUUAAAAUAUAGCACAAAAACUAAGCGAACAGUGAGCAAGUAAUACUAAAGAAGUAGACUAGCUAUAAAUAGAGUCAGUCACUUUAUUUAUAAUCGCAUAUACUCUCAUGAAAGAAGUUUAAUGAAAUUCAAAAAUGCAAAAUCAUUUUGUAUUUUUUCUAUUGAGGGUUAUGUCUUUGAAUUUUAUUGAUUGAAUUUGCUUAUUACUUACCUUUGUCUUAUUCAAGUUUUUUUUUCUAAAUUAUAACUUAACAAACAUCAAAUUAAGAAGUU